AGUACCUGGAUUUUGGGGGGGCGGCAGCAGUACUGCACAGGUACUAAGACUGUAUCCGCAGGAGGCCCUGACGUCGGGAACUCGAAGACAUGGCCAGCUUUGCAUCCAAGCGGCUGGCGCAGGAACGCGCCGCGUUCAAAAAGGACCACCCCUUUGGAUUCUACGCAAAGUAUGCGCCAAAUGAAGACGGGAAGGGACAGAACGUCUUCAAGUGGAACUGUGGCAUUCCUGGGAGAGCAAAGGGCCCUUGGGAGGGAGCCACCUACGCUCUGACGAUGGAGUUCACUGAGGACUAUCCCUCGAAGCCUCCGAAGUGCAAAUUCGCACACGUGCACGGCAAGCCGCUGUUCCAUCCAAACGUCUAUCCUUCGGGGACCGUUUGUCUUAGCAUCCUAAACGAGGAUGAGGACUGGAAGCCUGCCAUCACGAUUCGUCAGAUUCUUCUAGGAAUCCAGGAUCUGCUUGACAAUCCAAAUGCCGCAUCGCCAGCACAGGAAGAACCAUAUCGAUUGUUCUCCACGGACAAGAAUGAGUACCUGAGGCGAGUGAAGAAGCAGGUCUCAGAAGUGGCCUUGGGUGCGCAAAACUCCACAUAGCUCGUCGAUGGCAAGGCUGUCCGCUCACAGCUGUGGUGAGGCCUGUGAGCUGCCAGAGGAAGAUGGCUAGCGAAAAUCUCACCUCUUCGCGUGAGGGGAUUCAAUGGGCCUGGCGGUCCGAAAAAAUGGC